GGGGGGGGCAUCAUUCAUCGAUCACAGCCGUCGAUCGAUGGUUGUCUUUUCCUUCGAUCAACUCCUCACCAAACCAUCUCCGAUAAACCAUCAUGGCCGAAGUCGAAAUGGAAAAUGCUGAGGUCCCACCACCCGAUACCGAUGAAGACUCUCCAGACCAGAUCCUCAACCAGUUACUCGAAGUCAUGUCGGCUCUACAGACCAAUCCAUUCGAUUAUUCACUCCAUGAACGCAACGUCGCGCUAUGUCAGAAACUUGGGGCCGGUACUAUCGAGGAACUCAAUCAAGCACGCACUCUCAUGUCCGAGUAUUUCCCAGUUAAAGAAGAUUUUUUCACAGAUUGGGUCUCUGACGUGGUUUCCAGUCAUCAAUCGCCGUACGAAGUUGAUUGCGUCCAAAAGGUCCUAGAGAUUUACGAGCAAGCCUCAUCCUAUUCAUUUUUUUUCAAAAUCGAGACUACCAGACUUCGAUAUAUGAUUGAUCUGUUUUACUAUGCUCGCGGGUUACCACCGCCUGCUGGAGAAGUGAUCGAACGAAUCGCAGAAUCUUCAGAAAUUGAUACCAAGGAUCCCGACCAUGUGACAGAAAGAACUGAGGAGCAAAUAGCUUUGGAAAGUUUCAUCUCCGAAGAAAGGCUACGAACACUUGCAAUCGAUGUAAUGGACAAGACAGGAUAUCAUCUGCUAGAGAGUUCAGCCAUUUGGAAUAUGUGGGCGAUCCAUGAAUUCGAUAACCUCAAGCGCAACUGGAACACAGAUGGAUUAGCGCAGUUUAAAAAUAUGGUUCAAGCCAGACUACGUAUUCCCCACACAGAUAGCCCUAAAACCUUUCAAAUGUAUUCUAAUUUGAUCACAAAAUAUGAAAAUAACAACUAUGAAGAAGAAAUGGUAGCUGUAAACACUCUAUACAGUCCAGCCCGGAAGCUGAUGGAGGAUCGUGAAGCACAUGAGGCCCAAUUGAAAAAAUCUGGCUAUUCUUGCCAGGAAUACCUAAAAUAUAUAUCCUGGGAGAUCUCUCGCAAACCCUCCCACUUUGAUCUGGCCCAGAUGUUAUUUGAACGGGCUCUUGCAGAUCAUCCAAACUCCGUCGAACUCUGGCUGGAAUUCUUACGCUAUUUGAAUCAUCACCGAGAUCAACAUGCACUGUCCGCGGCAAUAGUAAAGCGGGCUACCCGAACGGUUCCGUGGUCAGGAGAAAUAUGGGCAUGUGCAAUCCGCACCUUUGAACGGAAUAACCAAACUAUUGAGGCAGUAGAGGGACUAUGUGCCAGAGCUAUCCAGUCCAAGUUCUUGGAACAUGAUAUCGAGGCUUUAAUAAGUUUUACUAUAGGCCGGGCGGAUUUUCACCGAAGAAGACUUGAUGCAUAUAUCGUAGCGGGUGGAAAUGAGAACGCGGAGCAGGUUAAGUCCCUAAUUGAUAUGGUGGCAAAUGUUCUUCACCAUGGCAUUGAUACCACAAAGAAAGUGCUUGCCAAAACUGGCGAUCCGUCUUGCAGACUUGAAAAGUAUCUCGCAACAUUUUUCGAGCAUCAUGACCGGGAAGAUGACGCUGCAAAAGUUUGGCAAAAAGCUACCAAGCAGUAUCGAAAUGCUUCGUCUCCUUGGAUCUCUGCAGCUGAAUGUGAAGCGCGGCGUGGGGACUUGACUCGUGCUCGCGAAUAUUACAAAAAGUCAUCCAACAUCAAACUCGACUACCCAGAAUAUUUGUUGGAAGCAUGGUUAACCUUUGAACAUCAUUUUGGUGCAUUGGACGACCUUGAAUAUGCAAUCUCAAAAGUCAAUAACCUCAUGAAAGGGAUUAGUGCCCGCAGGAAAAGGGAAGCAGAGCAAAAUUCCGAAACGCUUGCUCAGAACUCAAGCUUGGAUAAUACAGUGGGUGAUGAUGCUGGUGGCCGUGCCCCGGCAGAAACCGAUGAAAAUAGUGAAACUCGAAAACGGAAAGCUGAGACAAUCGCCGAAACCAAGGGUGGCGAUAAGAAAAUCAAAUUGAAUACAUUACCAACAGAGGCUACCACUUCCACAAACGCUGGGGAGGUGCCUGAAUUGAAACGUGACCGCGAAAACUCUACUGUCCUGGUGGCCGGCUUAACACCUGAAACAAGCGAAGCAAAAAUCAGUCAACUAUUUCGAGACUGUGGUAGGAUCCGUGAAAUCGCCAUUCAUAAGAUCAGCUCCGAGGAUGUUGUGGCCACCGUUGAGUUUGAAGACCGGGCGAGCGUUUUGCCAGCGCAAACGAAGGACAAGAAGAUGCUGGAUGGAGUAGAAGUGGCGGUAUCUUUAGCCUGGCGCUCUACCCUCUACGUUACAAACUUUCCUGAAGAUGCAAACGAUGAGUGGAUUCGAAGCAAAUUUUCUCAGUUUGGUAGUAUAUUUGAUGUUCGUUGGCCUAGUAAAAGGUUCAAGAGUACUAGACGUUUUUGCUACAUUCAAUUUACUUCUCCAGCAUCAGCAGAGGCAGCACUUCAAUUACACAACCUCGAGGUGUCCCCCAAGCAGAAAAUGUCGGUGCUUAUAUCCGAUCCAACGAGGAAACAAACUCGCAGUGAUAAUCAUGCAAAUGAGAAAGAACUCUAUAUUACUUGCCUCAGUAAAUACGUGCAAGAGGAUGAUUUAAGAAAAUUAUUUUCUCAAUUUGGAGAAAUCAAAGGUGUCAGAGUGGUUUUGGAUCAAGCUGGACAUUCCAAAGGUUUUGCAUUUGUUGAAUUCCAAAAUGAGAUGUCAGCCAAGGCUGCACUUUCGAUGAACAAUGUAGAACUCAAGAAGAGAAGAAUCGGUGUCACCAUCUCAAGCGCCAAGGGACUCUCCUUAGCUCGAAAAAAUACCACAUUCAAGGAUGAAACAAAAUUGAGUUCGGCUACUGAUCAUCGAAGCCGGAGUGUUAGAGUUUCUAAUAUCGCCGAAGGCACCCAAGAAGCCUUAAUUCAACAAGCCUUCGAACAAUUCGGUAAGGUUCUAAAGACAAUUACCUAUCCAGAGAAGAACGAGGCCUUGGUAGAGUUUGCACUCGAAAAAGAUGCCGGACGCGUGUUUUUGCAUAAAGAGCCGAUCGUCAUCAACGACCAGAAGGUCGAAGUUUCAGUUCCGACGGCCACUUUAAAGAGCGGGAUGGCCGCCUCGAGUUCUUUUACCCCUCUGCUACCUCGCUCGACUGUCAAGGGUAAGAAAUCGCGAAUCGGGCUGGGUCACAGUGGUGCUCGACCAUCUCCCAAGCCGCAGACAACUAAGGAAGAGGUCAGCCCCGAUCCUAAACAAGCUGGUUCUGCGAAAGAUGUGCAAAUGGCCGAUCAGAGUCAUUCGAACUCCUCUGCUAAUGCUGGCAGUAAAACUCAAGACGAUUUUCGGAAAAUGUUGGGUUAGUCAAUCCGAGGAGAAUUUUUUGGCCUCUGAUCAAUUAAUCACUACCUUUGUAUAGCGGCCGCACUAUCCUCAUAGUCUAUGGACUAAAAUUUUGUUAAAAAAAGCAACUUGCGAGUUUUUCUUUUUUUUUUUUUCUCUCUUUGACUCGACACGAUGAAUUGCUUCCAGCAAUGUAUGUAAUAAGAUGAGAAACCAGAUCCACAGAGAUGCGAAUGUAGGCUGUUUCAUAGAAAAUGCUGCACCAGAGUCCAGGUGAAUUGGUCGCUGAUUUUCAAAGGUGAAUAGGCCCUGCCACAAUCAGCCAACUGAUUUGUCUGGCUGCAGUUGCCGCAAGUCCUGCACCAGAGAUAUAUGAGAUACA